AUGGGCAUCGUUAGCAGCAAGCCCGAUGACGGGGCUACCCUCUAUCUUAGAGACCAGAAUCGACUAUCCAUAUCUUCUCUCGUCAUCUCCAACCCGCGAAGGCGCUCUUCCGUUAACAUCGUUCCCAAUGCAUUCCCCGCCACCAGAGUCUCGGCCUCUCGUCCGCUAGGCGACGGCAGUCCCAUAGAAUUCGUUCAGGACACCGAAGUCGUAACAAGUCCCGGCGGCGUCCCGAAUUUCAUACUGAAGCUCAACCAAGACGAUGAGCUAGUCUUCACCUUUACCUUCGUUAUACGUCAAGGCCAACAGUUUGUCACCAACGGCGGCGCUGACGCUGUAGCAACAACCGACACUCAAAUCAGCGGACUGACCUACGUCUAUGCCUCUACACCCCGCGAAGUAGAGAACUUGGUGACCCGCGAGUUCCACGCAGACCCGAAUCUACACAAGAAUUCCAACGUUGAGUUGGUAGGCGACUUUGCGACUGGCGGCACUCCCUCCGUCUCUUUUGAAUGGACCUGGAAAUGGAAACCUCCAAAGAGCAUUGAAGACAGGGGAGGUGGAUGGAGGAAUUCCUGCAGCUUCGUCGAAUACGACCCUCGCGCUCACUGCCUGCACACUCUGGCUAGUUUCUCAUACUGGGUGUCGAACCCAGUCUCGCCGCUCAGCCACCCAAACUCGCCAUCCCCUCCCUUCCUACUGACCGCCCCUCCUAAGAUCCGUGUCGCCUCGUCCCAGUCUGUGGAUUCUCGGAUCAGUCAUGCCGAGUUAGACGAGCCCUUGUCACCGUUGCCGGGCAAUACAUCAUCAACCACCAUCCUCCCUGUGCCACAAUCUGCGUCGGAGCCGAUCAAAGUAGAUGUCGCAUGCCCGAAACCCACCGACGAUGUUCUUGUACCAGACGAUGGACCUGUCUUCAGGGCGACGAUUAAAUCGUUGGAGCAAAAGACUGGCAACAUGCGGACGCAGAUGAAACGCGUGCUCAAGAUGGCCAAACAAGCACACGAAGCACAGCAAGAGGCCAAUAAGAACUUUUCCGAGUUCAUCGAUACUCUUCGGGAAGCCUCUUCAACAAAUGCCAAUGCUGUCCAGCCAGCCAUCGAACACUACUUUGACAAGAUUGCCCGGGAGAUUCUCGCCUAUGAGCGGACAAAUACUGUCAACCUCAAGAGGAUUGUGAUCGAUCCUUUGGACAAAUUUUAUACAGUGGAUAUCAAGCAAGCCGAGUCCAAGAAACGUGACUUUGAGGAGGAAAGCAAGGAUUACUAUGCUUACGUUUCAAGAUAUCUCGGACAGCGUCACGAUUCUGUCAAGGCUAAGAAACUGGCAGAGAGUGAUUCAAAGUACCAGACCAAGCGUCGCAACUUCGAGCUCAAGCGUUUCGACUAUUCGAGUUUCAUGCAAGACUUGCAUGGCGGCCGCAAAGAACAGGAAGUUCUGUCCCACCUCACGCGAUACGCUGACGCUCAAACGAAGAGCUUCCUCGAGGCGGCGAAAAAGAUCGAUACCCUUCUACCCCAGUUGGAGGCACUUUCAAGCGAAGUACAAGAGGCCGAUAAGGAGUAUCAGUACCAAAGGCGGGAGCGCGAAGAGAAGAGACGACUACUCGAGAAAAGCAACCAGCCGUACAAUGAGCCCGAUCCCAUCCCUGUACCCGGUACAAGCAGUGGCCCGGUUGCGAGCUCAAAUGGAACUGCGUAUGUUUCCGACAGUGAUCUAGGCCGUGCCGACAGCACAGGAUCGCAGUUGAAGGUGGCAAUGUCUUCGGGUUCGAAUCCUUCCCUCUCAAUGGCUUCUCCUGAGCUAUCUCGAUCCCCGGGCAGUCUCGGCAAUUCUUCUGUUGGAAGUCCUGCUCAAGCCUCAAAGUUCAAAGGAAUCCGUGAUUUGGAGGAGAAAGACUAUGGCCAAUCGUCAGGCGCCAGCAGCACACAGCGUAAAGAAGGCCUGCUAUGGUCCCUUAGUAAGGGCGGAAGCAAUCAUGUUGACCCGCGCAACCUGAACAAACAGGGUUGGCACAAGUUCUGGAUUGUUCUCGAUCAGGGCAAGCUCUCGGAGUAUAGCAACUGGAAACAAAGGCUUGAUUUGCACAAUGAUCCAAUCGACUUGAGAAUGGCAUCUGUUCGAGAAGCACGGAAUGCCGAGCGUCGAUUCUGUUUCGAAGUCAUUACGCCUCAGUUCAAACGAGUCUACCAAGCAACGUCGGAAGAAGAUAUGAACAGUUGGAUAACGUCUAUCAACAAUGCGUUGCAAAGUGCGGUCGAAGGUCGCAUCAUGAGAGACAAGUCGGCGCCGAGCGAUUCAGGAUACAUCAAGAGAGACAUUGGCUCGAUCCUCACCGGCAAGAGCCCCUCUGUUGGCCACAAUAGCCACCACAGUCACGCAAAUUCAAAUAGCGCACCCGUACGCCGAAUUACUGUGGGCGCUCGGCCCAGCACGCAUCGAUCAACCAGCUCGAGUUUCGACGAGAAUCCUGACAAGCUGCUUCAAUUGCUUCGCGACAACGACCAAGGAAAUUGCUGGUGCGCUGAUUGCGGGUCGGGUACAAAAGUCGAAUGGGUUUCAAUCAAUUUGGCCAUUAUUCUAUGCAUUGAAUGUAGUGGCAUUCAUCGCUCCCUCGGCACGCACAUCAGCAAAGUGCGAUCUCUCACCUUGGACAUCAAUUCCUUCACCUCUGAUAUUGUCGAGCUGUUACUUCUUGUUGGAAAUAGAGUGUCCAAUAUGAUUUGGGAAGCGAAGCUCGAGCCUGGCUUCAAGCCGACACCACAGGCAACCCGAGAGAUGCGGUUGCGGUUCAUUACGGCAAAGUACGUGGAUAGGGCAUACGUUGAGCCGAUUUCAGCCACACUUUCGCGUUAUCCAAACCCCGACGACACCUUGCUGGCAGCCAUCAAGAAGAAUGAGAUCCAGCAGGUGAUCUACGCCUUGGCUUUGAGGGCAAGUCCUAAUGUCACGGACAGGUCUCGAGGAACGCACGCAGUUUUUCUGGCGCUGGCGGCCGCCGAUCCUGCGUCACCUUCUCCCACUCCCGGGCAGCCCCCGGAGACGGACAGAACGGUGCCAUUCCCAGUUGCAGAGAUGCUGCUUCAAAAUGGUGCAGAAGUUCCGUUGACGAUGCCGGCCUUCCCCCUCAGCCGGAGUGCGCAAUUGUAUAUUGAAGAGAAACGAGGGCGCAGCACGGGGUUUUCAAGCGACAGCGUCGGGUCAUUGCCCGGCAACCUGAGUCCCAACGAAAAGCUGCAGCGGGAGAGAGAUGCCCGAUUACAGAAGAGAGUAAGCGCGGGAGGACGUCUGGCCAAGAGCCCGAUUCCGGAAAGGUAG